AUGCUUAUUCUUUCGUUUUUCAUAUGGGCCGUGGCGGUCUCGGCCCAGUUCAUCAAGCCUGUGAAGCCUUCUGACGAUGAUUUCUACAACACGCCUUCUAAUAUUUCUUCCUACAAAAACGGUGACAUUAUCGAUGCUAGACCAGCUCCAGGCAUGAUCCGGUCAGUCUAUUUUCCAGUGAAUGUCAAGAACGCAUGGCAGCUUUUGGUGCGUUCGGAAGACUCCCAUGGAAAUCCUAACGCCAUAGUGACGACGGUGUUGGAACCCUAUGAUGCAGACCCAAAAAGGGUGGUUUCUUACCAGGCAGCCCAGGAUUCUGCCACCCAGGACUGCAGUCCUUCUUAUUCAUUUUUGUUCAAUGCUCCUAUGAGUACGAUUAUUCUCCAGGUCGAGAUGGUUCUUAUUCAGACUGCAUUGGCGAAAGGGUGGUAUGUGGUUGCACCUGACUACGAGGGACCCAAGGGCACCUUCACUGCUGGUAUCCAAUCUGGCCAAGCUACUAUCAAUUCUCUUAGAGCUGCUUUGAAUUCUGAAGAUGUUACCGGAAUUGACCCGGAUGCCAAAGCAGCAUUGUGGGGCUAUUCUGGAGGUACUAUAGCUUCUGGAUGGGCUGCUUCUCUCCAGCCUGAGUACGCUCCAGAACUCAAAAAGAACCUUGUGGGUGCAGCUCUUGGCGGCUGGGUUACCAAUAUCACACUUACUGCUGAAAUCACAGAUGGCACAAUUUUCGGUGGUUUCAUUCCUAAUGCCAUUAACGGCAUGCUUAAUGAGUACCCAAAGGUGCAAGAGAUCUUGGACAAGGAGCUUAGAGAGGAUAAAGUAAAACCUUUUGAGGAAGCCAAAGAAAAGUGUCUCUUAACCUCGAUCAUCCACUACAUGUUCUUGGAUUUCUUUGGUGGUAAGAAGCCUUGGGUGAACAAUGGAUGGGGUUUUUUUGAUUACCCCUUGGUGAAGGAAAUUGUCCAGAACAACACAGCAGCAUUGUUUGAAGACGGACCUCGUCCUGAAAUUCCACUCUUUGUAUUCCACGGCACCGAGGACGAGAUUGUUCCAUUUUCUGGUGCAGAAAGAGGCUACAACAACUACUGCAAAUGGGGUAUCGACAGUUUUGAAUUUGCAGUUUCGAACACAACUGGUCACAUUCUUGAAUGGGCCGAAGGCAGUGGAGCUGCAUUGGUUUGGAUAGAGAAAAUGUUCAAUGGAGAAAAACCAGUGGAUGGGUGCAAAAGAACGGAGAGAUCCACAAAUGUGCUUUAUCCUGGAGCGGACGUGGAAUACAGGCAAUUGGUACGGACGCUUUUCAGUUCUAUUAAAGGAGGAGAAAUUGGCGAGACAACAAGAAACAUCACCGACUCUACCAUGGUCAGUACCAUAAUGCAGCAUGGAAUCAGUGCGCUUCUUGAGAAGAUUGGUCCUAUUCCAUUCAAGAGAGACCUUUCAGAGAUGGACAUUCUCGAGUCUCCCGAAUUCAGAGGCAUUAGCGAUGUCGUACGUCGGUGGAAACAGCAGAAAGCAUAA